GCCACAACGCAGGAUAUGCACAAGAGCUGGAGGAAAAAUUUCUGGUUUUCAAACACGUAACCGUUACAUUUGUUAUCUUGGGGCUCCUGAACGGCCGUUCCGUAGGCGUAGAUCUGACCGAAACGGACGAGUUUUCUCGCGAUUUUAAGUCUAUUCUCUCGUUGGACGAAGCAUGGAAACAAAAUUACGUGGAUGAUCGACAACAUUGUAUGCAUAUAUAAACCAGAAAACCUCGGAUGAGCAUGGAACGACGACGGUUAAUAUGGUUUUUCUAUCCAGCCGUUUCCUAUAUCAUCGCGGGACUUUGUCGGACAGCCCGACAUUUGGCUGAAAAAUUGUUUUCCGGAUUCCAGAGGCUCGAAUACGUGAAGAUUCUAAUAAAAACUAAUAUUUUUCUUACAUCACCAAAAGUGAUGAAAAGAAAUAAAAUUCAAGUCUUUUAUCCAAGUUUGAACGAACAAAAAUAAUAAUAAUAAUAAUAAUAAUAAUAAUAAUUCAAUCAGAUUUUCAUUUAUUCGAUAAAUAUUUGGGCUCGUGUUAAUCGUGCAGAAGACUAUAGAAAUAUUACCUACAACCUAUUUUUUCGUAAAUACAAAUGUAGCGGCCACCCCGAGGAUCCGAGCCCUCGGUCGAGGAUCUCGACCAAUCAGGAGGCGGCAGGAGCAGCGGCGAUUCCCGGCGAACGGCGAGGAUGUCCGACCCAUAUAAACCGGGAGGGCUGAAACACGGGGUCAGUAGCACGUGACACCUGUUGUGGUGAGGGUCUAGUUGCCUUUCUGUCGAUUAUUGGCGGCGAUUUCAAACGGUGCAGUGGCGUCUUGACUCUUGACUUUUUUAGUUCCUCUAUCAAUUUCUUUCUUUCUUUUUUCUUUUUUUACAGUUAAACGUGAUCAUUGCGCGGUGCGAAUAAAUCUAUACAAGGAUAAUAACGAUGCUAAUCAAUUGAUGUAAUACAGCGAAGUAAACGAAGUGUAUUAAACCGACUAUCCUCCGCGACGCGUAGUUUUGCAAAGCGGAUUUAAAAUCAAUUCAUAUUGCUAGAAUAAUAACCAAACUGUAACCAUUCUUCACAUCGGAUAUUACGAAAUCAAUUUAUCGAAUCCUGUUACGGGUAGUGAAAUAAUAAUUGAACCUUUUUUUUCAACAUCGCUUAUUUUCUAAUAACUAUUAUUUUUACCUACACUUGAUCCGGGAGGAAGAGGAUUACGCAUCGCGAUAAACAAGGACGAGCGAUCGUUACACGGGUGAAAUAAAAACAAACCGACAAGCUCAAAAGUAUGCGGAAUCACCCGAGCGAGGAUCGCGCGGAUGCCGCAGAACCUUCCGGACCUCCACCACCACCUCCGGAUCGCAUGGAAAAAUCCGUAGGCGAUGAGGAAGCGGACGUAACGCGUAUGCGGAAUCAACGCGAGACACGGAUGAGCCUGGAGGAUCAAGUCGAGACGAACAGGCUGGUUCUCCAGCUCGUUACGGACUCGCGGUUCAAUAUGACGCAGAUUAACGGACAGCGGAAGCUGGGCGGACCUCCUCCUGGGUGGAAGGGACCACCACCCGGACCGGGAUGCGAGGUAUUCGUCGGUAAGAUACCGAGGACCCUCUACGAGCACGAGAUUUAUCCGAUAUUCCGUCGGAUGGGCGAGGUCUACGAAAUAAGGCUGAUGAUGGACUUCUCCGGGACGAACAGGGGAUACUGCUUCGUGAUGUUCGGAAAGCCCGAGUUCGCCCAGAAGGCCAUCCGGGAGCUCGACAAUUUCGAGAUACGACCUGGAAGGAGGAUCGGCGUCGUUGCCAGCAUCAACAACUGCCGGCUUUACGUUGGUCAAUUGCCAACAGACGUGGCCUCGGAAACGGUGAUCAGGAAAAUUUACGACAUCACUGACGACGUCGGCCAGGUCUCGGUCUACAGAAACGUCGAGGAUCAGGCGAGGUACGCGCUUAUUUCGUACAAAACGCACCGCGGCGCAGCCAUGGCACGAAGGAGACUCGUACCUGAAAGAGCGACGCUCUUUGGCGGUGCCGAGGUCAGCAUAGACUGGGCACAUCCCGGCAUGUACCCUUCGAACGUGAUCGAGGAAACCGGAACCGUCGACGAGGAUGGGAGCAUCGAAAUAUCGAGAUCAUUCGUCGGCAACGAGACGAAACGCUACCAAAACCGGCGAAAGGCUCGUGACGAGUUCCUGGACCACAGCAUCCGCGCCUAUCUUCAGUCGGAUCGUGGUGCGCCGCGCGGUAGGCAAUCGGCGUCUCACCUGAAGCAGGCGGGUUGCGCGAUCGGCGCCAUCAGGAGUUAUCUCAACUCUGCAGCCGGCGAGGCGAAUAAAAUAAUUUGCGGCAGUCUCGAAUUUAUUCCGCAACAAAGUUUAGGCCAAGCUUACGCGGAAAUGGCGAAAAUUUCUGGAAAAGCACCCGGAAGGAAUUCCUCGUUCGAGCUCAACGGCGGCUCCUCUUCCUCCGAAUCUUCCGCUUCCUCCAGUCAAGGCACUGAAGGGGCAAAUUCCGAAUUUGGGACGGUCGGCGUAGCGGUGAAUAAUUUAUUAAACUUUGACCGGCUGUCCAUUGGAGAAGAAAAAAAUCGCACCGUUGCUGCGGGGGGCGGAAAUCUUUUUGCCAAUGUGCAGGAAGGUUACGAGUCUUUGAAUUUGUUCGAGAAUUACACUUUUGGCGGGAAUUCUCACGGCAAUAUCGAUGAUCAAGUUAAUCAUAGCUUGGAUAAUAACUUCGCUGAUAAUUGCUUUGACGAAUCUAAUUCACAGCAGGAGAAAAUAUACGGUGAGAUUCAGUUUGAGGUCGACAAUAAUUUCGGUGCGAAAAACCGGAAAACUGGACGUGAAGGCGAACAGAAAUCGCGGGUAAAUCGAGGCAAAAAGAAUUUUGCGUUUGAGCAGAGCGAGUGUACCGAUUACGCAGGUUCUAAUCUGCUCGAUGAUAACGUUCAAGGACCAAUUGAAUUCGGUGGGGAAAAGUUUUCCCGGACGAUUGGUACGCCCUUGAAUAACAAGCGCGGUGAUGGUUUUUCUAAUCUGCUGCAGAAGCAGUUCGGCGAAAAAAAUUCCGGACUAACAAAGUCCGCGGCUAAGGCUGCGACAAUGACGCGAUCGAAUUUGAUUUCUAAUGUCUGUCGGCAGAACGAUUGGCAGACUAUCGCUGUGAACAGUUUUAAUUUUGCGAACUUUGCGCCGUCUUCAGGUCGGGAAAAUGGGCGUUCGAUGCUCACGCAGAAUCGCAAUAUUGGCAUAAACUCGCUGGUGUUAGAUAAGAACAACAAAAACUCGGCCACAGGGCGAUGUAAUAAUCAGCGAGCGCAGAAUUUUCAUCAGCGUGGAAAAAUGGCGGCCGUUUCUCAAGAACACGGAUAUCAAAUCAACCCGAAUUGCAUGAACUUGAAUAACCUGAACGAUGGGAGAGAUUGGAUUUCCGCACAGCUUGCGUAUAACGCCUGCGACUUUAAUCCGGACUAUUUCAACACGAAUUCGUGCAGACUCGCUUCCAGCGGCAAUUCACUCGCGACUUACUUAGGCCAGGAAUUUUUGCCCGAUCAAUCGCAGCCCGUCUUCAUACCAAGCCACAACCGACAGAAUAACUUGCGAAAUCUUUUUCACACGGGGGAAAAAACUCUCGCUAAUAUCGCUCAGGCCGCCUGUUGCCGCAUCGCGCCCGCUCAAUUCCAGAACAAAAAAACCUUAAAUUUUGAAAACCCACCCAAGGCAGGCAGGCCGAUUUUGAGUAGAUCUCACGCGAGUUUUCCCCAGAUGCACUGAUUAUUGUUUUUUUUUUUUGUUGUGUUCUUUUACAUUCCGGUUCUGUUAUCUAUACGAGCAUCGUACAUCAUUUUAUUGAAUAAGAUUUUUUAACGCCUAUUACGUGAUUUUUUUAAUAAUUCACCAAAGAAUAAUCAACACGGAUCUCAGGUUCCUAAACUAAUCGUAUCUGACCAUAUUUCGAUAACUCGCUAACGUUACCGAUUAGCGAUAUAUAUGUAAUUAAGCUGGUUCUUUAAUGUAACGAACAGAGUACAAUUUUAAUCUUAAGUGAGUGUGUAGUAAUAUUUGCGAUAGGAGGAUUGGUUGACUUUUCCUUACCUCUAAAGAUGUUGCUUAAGUUGUCAAACUGUUGUGAUGAAAGCAUAAGUGAUCUCUUUUAAUAAAGGGACAAAAUUAGUCAAGAGAUACUAACUUUGAAUAGUAAUCUUGUUCUAUAAUAUUUCCAAUAAUAUAUGUAUCUUUUACUUCUAUUAUUACUGAAUCGCUCCGAGUAUCGUUUCCGUGACUGUACGAUGAAGCGGUAAGUUUAUGAUACCGGGCAUUUUAUUUUAUCUAUACUUGUUGAUAAAUCCGUGAACAUACUUCUAUUAUUGAUAUUCAAGUUCCGCUGACUAUAAAUGAAACAAUUAUUCAACAAGAAAAAAAAAAGAAAAAUAAUAAAAACGACCGUGCACUGUUUUAAAAACAUUAUACGUAUAUUUUAAGUCAAAUUGAUUUUCGGCAGUUUUGGGAACGGCUGACAUUAAUUAUCUAUCCGUACAUCUCUGCAGCGAUUUUUACUAUUCUUAUUUUAAUAGAAUUAUACUGUUUCUUUCCGCAAUCUAGUGAAUUGAAAUUAUGCCAUGUCUGUACUGAUCAACUUCAGCCAGUAUUUUACAGGUCUUUAGAUGCACGAAUUUUUCACGAUGCAAAAUAGUAAUUAUACCACCGGCUUUGCCGCACAAUACUAUGCAUGUAUUUAUGUGAAAUUUAUGAAGGAAGAUUCAUUUAUCAAAUAUGCAACGUUUAUCAAAUGAUUUUUUGCUCACCCUGUACAUGUUUUUCGAUUUACACGCUAUUUCGACGGCGAUAAGGAAAUUUUAUCAAAUUAUUAUUAACAACGUUACGUUAUCAUAUCAUAUUUGCCCAAGUGAAAAUUGAUUGUUUCAACUAUGUACUAUUAAUUAAGUGUAACUAAUUGCCAUUUUGUAUACGUAUAAAAAACUUUUAUUAUUUAAUACAUCCAUUUUUUCAAGCAUUACGAUUAUUAUUAUGAUUAUUUUUGUACACGCCCCCGCGUAACGUUUCAGGACGCAAUGCACGGGCUUCACGAAGCUUAUUUUAACCGUAUGUACUUUCAUUAUGUCUACUUCUUUAAUUACUCUAAACUAUCUGUGUACCGCGUCUGAUGAGCGCCCAUUCAUAUUUGUGCUUCUUUUAUGCAAAAUACAAUUUUUAAAACACUAAUAAAUCCCUUGUUAUAAUUA